UUGACAGAAAAAAAGAAAAAGAAAAAGAAACAACUCCUGAGUUGCUAUAUAAACAAUGUUCAAAGCUCGACAGAUCUUCACUCUUCACAUCCCAACCGUCACACACACUUCACCUAGCUCAGUCAGCAAAUAAUCUCCAAACCCUUUUAUCCUUAAGCUUUGCUAAGACUAAAUUGGCUAGAAAAAUGGCUGAUAACUAUUCAUCUCAUUCUCAGCCUACUUUGCCACUACACCUUUGUUUCUUCCUUCUGAUAUUGUUCACCUUUGUUAGUUUCACAUGGUACAUCAACUAUGAGAAUAUCUUCGAACCCUUGUUUGAUCAGAUUAAGUUGAUCCUCGUGGUUUCUCCUUUACUACUUGUUCUAGCGAUGCACCUGCUUUCUUCGUUUGACAGGUCUUGGAUUUAUUUACCAAUUCCUGAUCAAGACUCACUUCACAGGGCUGGUGGAACUCCAUGGGGUGUUGGUCUGCUUCUUGUGAUUCUUCUCUUCAUGGUUUCUUACCAAUCUGGCUUGAGAGAGCGGUGGUUCCCUCUUCUAAGCAGAUGAUGAAGAUGGCUUCUCCUGGAUUGUGGUGAUCAUGAUUUUAAGUGGGAAUAUCUGCAACAUGGGGAAAACUGGUGAAAAAUCUUGUAGUGUUUAGUCACAGCAAUGUAUAUUUUGAGUUUUAGGCAAGGGUGACAAUUGAGAAGUGAGUUUGUCAAUCUCUUUCUCUCUUUGGUUGAGUUUCUAUGUACUUCUUUUGCCCUCUAGUAUAUAGCAGUAAUAGGGGAAUGGUUAAUGAAUGGCCACUUAUAGUAGUUGCUGGAAAUUGGAAGAGAACCACCAUGCUAAAGGUUGAAGGUUUUGUGUUCUGUAAUUAAUCAACUUUAGCGAAAACGAUGAAGAAUUUUGCUCCUAUAGUUAGGCCAACUGGGGUGGGCAUUGUGUAAUUAUAUUGACUGUGCCUUUUGUUUUGUAUCUUCUGUGGCUGUGUGGCAUGCUUUUGCACUUCUUCUUGUA